ACCGCAGUGCGACCGUGUCAGAGUCAGGAAACAAGCCGAGCGGUACUGUGCCGUGCUGUGCCGCGGCUGCAGUUUCAACACAGACCUGGACCCGGCGUCUGUAGAAGGAGCUCAGCCUUUAUCAGAGGAUGGAAGAACAUCUGAGGAGGACAUUCCGGGCCUGACAAACCAGCGGGGACGGAUAAAACACCCCGAACCGAGGCGGGAACGAGCUCCCGCUGCGGGGUUGUUAACGGUGAUUCUGCGCAGGUGAACGUUAGCAGCUUGGAAGCUAACGUAGGUAGCUAACAGCGAGCGGCCACCGCUGACUUAACUGCCGCAAGUUGGGAUUUGGAUGAACUGUUGACACAAAGCGGCGCCAAGAAAACAACUCAACAUGGAUCAGCGUCACCUCGCAAAUGAUAAACUGUCCUUGUGAGGCAGCACAAACCGCCCUUUUUAUAUUGUCUUCAAGGGGAAAACUGUGGCUGCUGGUGUGGUGCUGCGAGGGGUUUUUGAUUGACAGCUUGUCACAACGGCUUUUCCAGAUGUGGAGUCGGCAUGAAAAGACUAACUAGGGCUCUAAGUUAGCUGGUCACAGCCUGCAGGGACUGACUGCUCACCAGGAAUGGCUGUGUGGGACAAAUUCACUGGACUCUCAACUCUGCAAAACUGCAUCAACAAGCGAUGACUUUGUGUUUGACAGUGAGCUGUCACGCUGAGCUAGCCAGCUAGUUGAAGUUAGGCAGAAGGUAUCAGCCGCAGCUAAAAAAGCUGUGUGUUCAACCCACACACACAUUCACACACACAGAGAGAAAAAGGAGUGUUUUUAGGGUGAAGUGAGAGAUGAAGAGGACAGAGAAUAAAAACAAGAGGAAACUCUGUAACAUGGAGCAGCAGGAGAGCGGGGGAGAGGAGAAAGACGCGAAGGAGUUUGCGGCUCCUCCUCCUCUCCUCUUCAGGAAGUUGAGUAACCCCGACCUGUCGCCCGCCGCCACCGCCGCCACUAAAUCCAAACUGCACCGACAGCUGAGCCAAGAUGAGAGCCGCGCCCGUCGCAGCAGCAUGGCCAUGACCGCAGUAAUUCCAGAAGAGAACAGAAGAUGGUUUAGUAACUGCUGUAAGCAGCUGCUGCCUCUAUCCAGCAGCCUGCACACCGGGGUGAGUCAGCUGGCCUGGCAGGGGCCCUCCGGAGGCUUCGGAGGACUCGGGGCCACUGGAGGAGCGUCUGCAGGAGGAGGAGGAGGAGGAGAAAACAACCUGGUCCGCAUGAGGAGCCAGACGCUGGGACAGUCUGCUCCAUCUCUCACCGGACUGAAGGAGCUGAGCCUUCCAAGAAGAGGCAGUUUCUGUCGGACGAGCAACAGGAAGAGUCUGAUUGUGACGUCCAGCACCUCCCCGACUCUGCCACGACCACACUCCCCUCUGCAUGGACAUACAGGUACCAGCCCUCUGGACAGCCCUCGCAACUUCUCCCCCAACACAGCUGCACACUUCUCCUUCGUUCCUGCUCGCAGUCACGGACACAGGGCUGACAGGACGGAUGGCAGACGCUGGUCUCUGGCCUCGCUGCCUUCCUCUGGCUAUGGCACCAACACUCCCAGCUCCACUGUCUCGUCCUCCUGUUCAUCUCAGGAGAAGCUGCACCAGCUGCCCUUCCAGCCCACUCCGGACGAGCUGCACUUCCUCACCAAACACUUCAGCUCCGAGAGCAUCACGGACGAGGAAGGACGCCGCUCCCCCGCCAUGAGACCGCGCUCCCGCAGCCUCAGUCCCGGCCGCUCGCCGAUCUCCUUCGACCAUGAGAUCGUUAUGAUGAACCAUGUGUACAAGGAGAGGUUCCCCAAGGCAACGGCUCAAAUGGAGGAGCGUCUGGCCGAUCUGCUCUCCUCCUCGGCCCCGGAUAAGGUCUGCCCGCUGGCCGACGGGGUCCUGAGCUUCAUCCACCAUCAGCUGAUAGAGCUGUCCAGAGACUGCCUGGAGAAAAGCAGAGAGGGCCUCAUCACCUCCCGAUACUUCUACGAGCUCCAGGAGAACCUGGAGAAGCUGCUGCAAGAUGCUCACGAGCGGUCAGAGAGCGUGGAGGUCACCUUCGUCAUGCAACUCGUUAAGAAGCUGAUGAUCAUCAUCGCCCGGCCUGCGCGCCUGCUGGAGUGUCUGGAGUUUGAUCCUGAGGAGUUCUACCACUUGUUGGAAGCAGCGGAGGGCCAUGCUAAGGAGGGUCAGGGCAUCAAGUCCGACAUCCCCCGAUACAUCAUCAGCCAGCUGGGCCUCACCAGGGACCCCCUGGAGGAAAUGGCCCAGCUGAGCAGCUAUGACAGCGGGAACCCAGAAACCCCAGAGACUGAUGACUCGGUGGAUAGUCGAGGAACCACAGUCACAGCAGCUCCACCACAGACUAAAACCAAAACACCUCGAGAGGAAGACUUUGAGAACAUCAAGCUCAUCAGUAACGGAGCUUACGGCGCCGUGUUUCUGGUGCGUCACAAAGAGACCCGUCAGCGAUUCGCCAUGAAGAAGAUCAACAAGCAGAACCUGAUCCUGAGGAACCAGAUCCAGCAGGCCUUCGUGGAACGAGACAUCCUGACGUUCGCCGAGAACCCGUUCGUCGUCUCCAUGUUCUGUUCCUUCGAGACCAGGAGACACCUCUGCAUGGUGAUGGAGUACGUGGAGGGUGGAGAUUGCGCCACUCUGCUGAAGAAUAUCGGAGCUCUGCCGGUGGAUAUGGCUCGUAUGUACUUUGCAGAGACCGUCCUCGCGUUGGAGUAUCUUCACAACUACGGCAUCGUACACAGAGACCUGAAACCUGACAAUCUUCUGAUCACAUCUAUGGGACACAUUAAGCUGACGGACUUCGGUCUCUCUAAGAUCGGUUUGAUGAGUCUGACGACAAACUUGUAUGAAGGACACAUCGAGAAAGACACGAGAGAGUUUCUGGAUAAACAGGUGUGUGGGACUCCGGAGUACAUCGCCCCGGAGGUGAUUCUCCGUCAGGGCUACGGCAAGCCGGUGGACUGGUGGGCGAUGGGAGUCAUCCUGUACGAGUUCCUGGUUGGCUGCGCUCCGUUCUUUGGAGACACACCGGAGGAACUGUUCGGUCAGGUGAUCAGUGAUGAGAUCAUCUGGCCGGAGGAGGACGAAGCUCUGCCUCAGGAGGCUCAAGACCUCAUCUGCAAACUGCUGAGACAGAAUCCUCUGGAGAGACUGGGCACAGGAAGUGCCUUUGAGGUGAAGCAGCACUCGUUCUUCACAGAGCUGGACUGGAACAGCCUGCUGAGGCAGAAGGCCGAGUUCAUCCCCCAGCUGGAGUCCGAGGACGACACCAGCUACUUCGACACCCGUUCUGACCGGUACCACCACGUGGACUCGGAGGAGGAGGAAGACACCAACGACGACGAACACGUGGAGAUACGACAGUUCUCCUCCUGCUCGCCUCGUUUCAGCAAGGUGUACAGCAGUAUGGAGCGUCUGUCUCUGCACGAGGAGAAGAGGACUCCUCCUCCGACCAAACGCAGCCUCAGUGAGGAGGGAGGAGAUCGUCUCGACAGCCUGAGCGGCCUCAAGUCCAGAGAUCGCUCCUGGCUGGUCGGAUCCCCUGAGAUCCUGCGGAAGCGUCUGUCAGUUUCGGAGUCGUCCCACACGGAGAGCGACUCCAGUCCACCUCUGACAGUCCGGAGACGCUGCUGUUCAGCCAUCAUCGAGAUGCCGCGCUUCGCUAUCUCCUCCGAAGAGGAAGGAGGUCAAGGUGCAGCCGGCAGCCGUAAGAGUCCCAGCCUGCUCGGUCCGAGCGCAGUGAGGGGCCCGCGGAGCGACGAGCUCCCCCUCGCCAUCCCAGAGCUCCCAGUGGAGAGAGAGCUGAAACUGGACGAGUCUCCCACCACACCCAGUUCCACCUCCAGCCAGCUCAGCAAGGCUACGCUCACACCGGGUAGUUCAGGUGACGUGGGCGAGCGCGGUAACGGUACGACCGGAGGAGCUGCUAAAGGCACAGGAGACAGCGACUCUCCGUCGACGCCGAAGGCCAUCAGCGACCUGGCGGCUCGCAGGGCUCGCCACCGGCUGCUGUCCGGAGACGCGGACAAACACACGACGACCCCGAGCUCCAGACCGCUUAACAAGGUCAUCAAGUCAGCCUCCGCCACGACGCUGUCGCUCAUGAUUCCUGCAGACCACCACGGAGCCUCUCCAUUGGCCAGCCCGAUGUCGCCCCACUCGCUGUCGUCCAACCCGUCGUCGCGGGACUCCUCCCCGAGCCGGGACCUCUCCCCAGCUGUGAGCAGCGUCAAACCCGCCAUCAUCAUCCACAGAGCGGGCAAGAAGUACGGCUUCACCCUGAGAGCCAUCCGGGUGUACAUGGGAGACUCUGACAUCUACACCGUGCAUCACAUGGUCUGGCACGUGGAGGAGGGCGGUCCGGCCCACGAGGCGGGGCUGAGGGAGGGAGACCUGAUCACCCACGUCAACGGAGAACCAGUCCACGGUCUGGUUCACACAGAGGUGGUGGAGCUCAUCCUGAAGAGCGGCGCCAAAGUGUCCAUCUCUGCCACCCCGUUUGAGAACACGUCCAUCAAGGUCGGCCCCGCCAGGAAGACGGGCCACAAGUCCAAGAUGGCGAGACGCAACAAGAAGACCAAGAACAAGGAGGGACAGGACAGUAAGAAGAAGACGUCUCUGUUCAGGAAGAUCACCAAGCAGGCGUCUCUCCUUCACACCAGUCGCAGUCUGUCCUCUCUCAACCGCUCCCUCUCCUCCGGGGAGAGCGGCCCCGGCUCGCCGACGCACAACCUGUCUCCACGGAGCCCGACGCAGGGCUACAGGUCCACACCAGACUCCGCCCACUCAGUUGGUGGAAACUCAUCUCAGAGCAGCUCUCCCAGCUCCAGCGUCCCAAACUCCCCCGCCAGCUCCGGCCACAUCAGGCCCAGCUCCCUGCACGGCCUCGCCCCGAAGCUCCAGCGCCAGUACCGCUCUCCCCGCCGCAAAUCCGCCGGCAACAUCCCCCUCUCCCCUCUGGCCCGCACGCCUUCUCCCACCCCUCAGAGCAGCUCGCCGCAACGCUCUCCUUCCCCACUCCCCAGCCACGCUCUGGGACAGUCCGCGGUGGGUCAGUCGUUCCCGGUGAAGCUCCACUCCUCCCCUCCCCUGGUGAGGCAGAUAUCCAGGCCUAAGAGCGCCGAGCCUCCGCGCUCUCCGCUCCUCAAGAGGGUUCAGUCGGCCGAGAAACUGGCUUCCUCGCUCACCAGCUCCCCUUCGUCACCCUCUGGAGUGGCGGCGGCGGGGGAGAAGAAGCUGGCGGUGGGGGCGGCCGUCGGGAGUCGUAAACACAGUCUGGACAUCUCACACUCAGAGUUUAAGAAGGAGAUUCUGCAGAGAGAGCCGAGCCUCCAGAGCCUUCAGGAGUCAGCCAGCGAGGGUCUGCUGUCCUCAGCAGGACGCGGUGUGGAGAAGGGCAGCCUGCAGAAACACUCCUCUUCAUCCAGGAAGUUAGGACGUCAGGAAGGGGACGGCGCCCUCGGCACGGUGUCCGGCUCGCUGGGCCUGACGCCCGGCAAGAGCAAGCUGAAGGACAAACUGUCGGCCAUCCGGCAGGACAGAGCCGAGCGGAGAGAGUCGCUGCAGAAGCAAGACGCCAUCCACGAGGUCGAUUCAUCCGAGGACGAGACGGACGAGGGCUCGGAGGACAGCCAGGACGGACGCAGGGGGGCGACCUUCACCCCUCCUCCCCUGCUGAGGCCCACCACCGUGAGGACAGGUCCGGGAGGCACGCUGCCGUCCCUCUGCCUCUCCCCCUGCACCCCUCACGCCACAUUCAGCCACACGGGGUCGUCGCAGAUAGGCAGACCCACUCCCUCGCACACACUCCCCUCCGUCGCCGAGACCAAGCCCGGUCAGAGCUCCUCCUCCUCCUCUCAGGGAGUAAAAGACGGGAGCUCGGCCGCAUCCGCAGAAGAGGGUGUGAGACAAGAGAAGAAAGUUCUGGAGCCAUGCGGUACCACUAAACCCUCUCAGGGCCCCCUUCCCUUCUCCACUCCAGGCAGUGCAUUCAUCUCAGUCAGCAAGGACACGUUCCUCAAGCCGACACCUCCGCAGGACUCAAAGAGCGUCAGGGGGAAGAGCGGCCCGUCAGAGUCCAGAGCUGAGGACCGAACCCUGGACAGCCCUAGAACCACCUCUACCACAAGCACUACAACCACCACAGACUCCCAAACCACCGCAACUACACCGGACUGCCGGGAGACGCCCCGCGCCUCCUGCUCCUCUCCAGGCAUCUCCAAGGAGAAGAAGGAGGCUGAUAACCGGAGACUAUGCGCCGCCGCCGCUGCAAGUCUGACUAUGUCGCCUUCUUCCACUUCUGCCUCCAGCUCCAGUUCAAGCUCCCCAGUUCCACCAGCUGAAAGUGGGGUAGACAAAGUGGUUUCCCAGCUCGCAACAGUAGCUAAGAGUGUUCUGGGUCCCGUCAAACUCUGCAGCCCUGCGGACAAGAGCUCAUCCAGAGGAGGCACCCCAGAAGUCCCGUCACCUGACCCCCCUUCAGUCCCCGCCAAGCAGGUCGCAACCCCUCAGUCACCUCAACUUUCAGAGUCCUCAACCAGACAGAAAACUGAGCAAGUCACCCCGCCGCCUGCCCCGCAGAGGCCGGCCAGAUCCUCAACUCUGAAAGACUUCCUAGCUCCGGCGCCGCCGUCCAGCAAGGACGUCCCAGAGAGGCCGGCGUCAGGGCCGGCGGGUCGAGAGAGCUCCGCCGCAGCAUCCGCACAGCGGCUCGUCGCAGCGGCCGCUCAGCCCGCCCCCCUCAGCACGAGCCACAGCUCCUCCGCAGCAUCUGAGCCCCAGCGUAAGAGGUCCGAACCCCAGACGACAACUGCCGCCGCCGCCACCACCGCCGCCGCCGUGUCCGCCUCCUCGCAACAAGAUAAAGCAACCAGCAAGAAGACGUAGCAGCAAAACACAAAGAACCAGAACAAAAAAAAAAAAUGUACAGAUCACACCGUUCAGUGCUGGCUUGAGGUUUUAAAACUCACACAAACUGCAUGUUAGUAAAACUUCGCACUAAUCUGAGUUUGACUGUCGAAGGCGUGAAGAGAGACGGAGAGCUUUCAGAGACAGAUGUGGUCGUAGUCAUAGUUCCAUUCCGGCUGUUCUUUCUGUGCUCUUUUAUGUUCGUGUGAGUUAUUUUGGUGUCCUGACUCUUUGGGUUCUGCUUCAGAUAUAAAAAACGCCAUCGGUAGUCGGCGUUCUUUCUCUUUCUGCAAACACGCACGGGGCUAAAAAUAAAAAUUUUUAAAAAAGCGCCGCGGUCCGUGCAGCUUUACACACGUCUGCUGCUGCUCCUCCUCACAUCCUCCUCGUGUUCCUGCAAUGACUAACAAAAGAUUAUAUCUCAGCAAUAAAGUGCAGCGAAUGUUUAGCAAUCUGUUUAAAUGCAUUAGUGUUUUUUAAUAGGACUAAAAUCUGCAACGCCAACGUACACUCAGCACCAAACUAACGAGGCUAAAUUAAAUUCUCCUCUCGCCGCGGUCCCAGAUGAUCCGACACUGCAGGUCUGUACGGUGGGGGGGGGGGGGGGGGGGGGGCGUGUUAUUCCCUGAGCACAGACUGGCAGGCGUGCUUCAGCUCUUUUUUUGAAGAGAUUCCUUUGGAAUAUCACUGUUGGAUUAGAUUACUGUUUGUGCUGAUUAAUAAAGUCUGCACUAGUCGGCACAAAAUUUAAACCGACGCUGCAGUUUAAAUCCACAAACUCCAAACAACUUCUGUCACUCUGAACCUUCCUGUCAUAAAGGUGACUUUGCUUUAGUUGAUCCAUCACGACGAACAACGUGUUGGUUUUUAUUUUCAGAAGUUGCAGACUUUCCUAAAUUAAUCUGAACUCUUGGUGUUUGCAGCUGCAUCUAAUGAAACUUCAGUAACAAUAAAAGCACAACUGAUGUUCAUGUUGAUGGAUCAAUGAAGUUAAAAUAAAUGAAUUUGUAGUCCAGCUUGUAACCAUCAGCUGGGAUUAGUCUCCAGGAUGUGGUGUCAGUCUAAUAGCUGGAGACAGAUUUACUAAAAUCCGAUGCUAACAAACAGCUUAUUGAAUCUUUUACGUCUCGUAUUUCAUUAGCAAGGAUGCAGCUGAAGGUUAUAUACGCUCUAUCCGAUUACUUUUUAAGAAUGUAGGAAAGGAUUAACCCAACUACACUACAUCUGAUGAGGGAUUUGAGAGGAAACAAAGCCGAUAAAACCCUAACAAACCACUUUCCUACGAUUACACACUGGUCACCUUCUGCUUCUCCAUCAUAAAACCAUUAUCAGCAGAACUGGAUGUUGUUCUAACUCAGAAAUUCAGCUGCACAGAAACAACUUCACUACGCUGACAUACCAGCUGUAGUCAAGGAUUCAAACUGAGCGCGCUCAGUGCGACACUAGUGUCUGUCGGACCGCCGUCUUUUUAUUUCUAGCCCCCGGUCAGCCUCUGAAGGCUGCAGUAGUUUUAUUUUGGUAUCUGGACCAACUUGCUGUGUUUUUUUUUUUGUUUUUUUUGCCUCUAAUGCUGUAAAGUUUUUACACUUUACUUUGUGUGUGUGUGUGUGUGUGUGUGUGUGUGUGUGUGUGUGUGUGUGUGUGUGUGUGUGUGUGUGAGGAAGAGAGAGAGCAUUUGUUGAUUUUGUGCAUGGUUAUCUAUGUAUAUAUAUAAGAAUAUUUAAAAGUCUGUUGUGCAUCUGUUUUAUACCCUGAGAGUGUGUGUGUGUGCGUGUGCGUGUGUGUGCGUGUGUGUGUGUUUUAGGGUUAGGACACCCUGCUACCUGUGUAUUUGGGCCGAGCUCUCUACGUGUCUGUGUCGGACAUCGUCGGGCUUUGCACAAAAGUUUUAUCUCAUUUUGUCUGAUGGGGAAAAAAAAGACAAAAAAAUGACUGGUGUCUGUUCUGAGUCGGAGCUCAGUGGGUAAAAACUAAAAUGCAGUCAGCCUGUUCAUUUCAACUUUUUGUUUUUUGUUUGUUUUUUUCUUGGAUACACCACCUUUAAUUUCUCCUGUGUUGUCCCGAUCACUUCCCUGAUUCCUACUGUACAUUUUAAACCUGUUUUGUUUAGUUUUGUUUUGUUUUGUUUGUCUUGGUUUGACUCACAUUUUGAAGAAAAUCACUUUUUUUUUUUUUUUUUGAAAGAACGCACACCGAGCUCACGUUUGAACGUUUCCUGCUGAGCGUUUCUGAGAAGCCAGACGUUCUUUUCAUGAGUUUAAGAUUUAAGAACUAAAAAAAAAAAACCUCCUUUUAGUGUUUUAUGUGUCUUUACUGAGCUCGUUGGAGAGGAAAACAGAGGUUUUCAGUUUAAUUAAGCGCUUUCUCGCUCAGUUAAAAAGACAAACUGGCAUCGACACGCUGACUGGCAAUCUCUGUAUUAUGUUUACAUGUUGUUUAUGUUUAUUUGUGUGUGUGUGGGGGGGGGGGAAGGGGGGGUUUAUUAUUAAUGGAACAUGUCGCCUGUAGCAAUCAAACCUUGUCUGACAGGCGGGAAUAAUUACCAACACACACGUUUUAGGUGACUCCUGAUCAUAACGUGGUGUGUUGAGGUCACCUGUGGAGGAAGAGUCAGCGCACAUAUGUCAAAAUCAUCUCGUGCACGUCGUCUCGCGGCGGCGCAGAAGUGUGAUAACAGGCGUGUCUGUGAAAUAGAUCAGCGGCGGCUGAGCGGCUCCCGUCGUUCAAGCUGUUGAUUUAUCUGCGGGGUCGUACGCGUCGGCCAAACAGACAGUCAGAAAGUCAGAAAGUGGGUCUCUCUUCGGCGGCGUCAGACUUGAAUGGAAUUGUUUUUUUUUUUGUUGAUAAUCUGACAACACACACACACACCAAACUAAAACCGAACAGGUUAAGAUUUGAGAGUUAGCAGAGGCAGAUUAGCGCGUACAGAAGAUGUUUUGAGAGCACACGAGGACAGAAAUGUGAACGUAUUUGAUGUUUUGAGCCCGAAAAGAUGAGUUGAGUCCUUAGAUGUUGUGCACCAGGGUUGAACUCUGAUAGUUGGUUUAAUUUUAGUUCCAGUUACAGAUUGAAACAAUACCUGGAUUUGCUAAUUAAUCCCUUUUAUCUGCAACACUAGCAACAAUAUUCAAAGCGCUUAAACUCAAAGUGACAGCAGAGUAAACUCCUCCGGGUUCAACCUGGACAUUUACAUUCAUCUAAAAGAGACGUCACAUCAGCUUCAACCAACCUCCUUUAAUCUGACAAAAGAGCUGAAACACUGACGCACACAACACUUUUGUGUUUUAAAAAACUAGAGCUUGAACUAAAUCUAAAUCCUCUAAAUCAUCAGAAUAUGAAGAAAAAACUGCAUGUCGGCCGUUAAGCGACAAGAAAUGUCAGUAUGACAGUAUUUAGAAACAGCGUCUUCAUUUCAUAGUUGUGAUAAGUUUACUUUUCAACUGUAACAUUUCCCGCUCAGCACAUAUCUUGGUCACAGUUCUUUUAAUAACCAAAUAUUAGUGAGUAAUAAAAAAUAUAUCAGCUGGUCGUUGCGUGCUUAAAUCCUGACAAACCGAUGAAAGAUUUAAAUAAAAGAAAGAUCAAAUUAAAUUUGCUGCUCAGUAGUUUUGUCAUUAAAAAUCUUCCGUAUCUCCAUCAUUUCAGACCUCCAGAGUCUCAGUUUGACAUUCUUAUGAAGCGCUUCGCCGUCGCCUUCAGCUCAUGUCGUGUGUUUGUGUGUAAUCAAGCACAAUCCAGCCCAUCUGCUCUCAGCUGGUCAUCCUAUUAGUGCUACAUGGGCAGCUGCCUCACACACACACACACACACACACACACACACACACACACACACACACAUAUACACAGAUCAAUAGUAGUGCCAUCUAAUCUAGCGACACUUCACUGACAGUAUAAACACACACACAUCUUUACACACCUUCUCCCAGGUGUAAAGAUGAUGGUCCAGCCAUCUGCUGGAGAGCGAAGCAAAGUGUCAGUUUCCCAGGUGGAGUCAUUAAUCUCCAGUUUGACCACACACACACACACACACACACACACACGCGUUACCCAGGCUCCCUCAGGCUCCUCCGUCCUGUCCUGGUCCAGGUCAUGUUAGUAGUUUGUUCGACCUCCAGCCUGUGUUUUACCCAUCAUGCAUCUCUGCUGCUCUGCGGAUGAGGCCCACAAACGCUACAGAAGUUCAUCAAACUUGCUGAGAGACGACGAGUCAAACCUGAGCUGUAAUUAAUCUGGAAGUCAGAUUUGAAAGCGUGUUCGUGGGAUUGUUCGCUCUCAGUUUUGACAGUUUGUGUUCCUCGUUAGGACAAAGUAUCAAUAAUCAGUUCUGAUACCAAAGUGACGCUUUAAUUUAAUAAAUGUUCAAAAAAUUCUCCUCAAAGUCAUAUUUUCCCUUCAAUAAAUAUGACAAAGUUCUCAAAUGUGACACAUAUACACACAAACAUCCAUAUAAUAACUAAAAUAUAGUCACUGUCAAAACAUUUUCACAGCUUUUGGAAAUGAAUUCAGGUUUUCUAACUGGAAAAUAGAAACUUAAAGUAAACUUCUUUAGAUUUAACCUGGAAGUGAAACUUUGUCCUGUUUGGCUCCGCCAACUAUUCUUUCUUCUCUAAACUGUGAAGAACAAUAAAAUCCAGACAGAUUCUGUUAAAACCCGUAAACCAGACGUCGUUAGUAAGCGUCUCGAGUGCUUUCAAUCAGCAGAAACAACUUAAGACUAAAAGUGAGAGCAGAUUUAAACUCGAGUGAGUCGAUAAAAUCUUGACAGAAAUCUGACUUUUUGUGCAAAAACUUGUUCUGCGUUAAUGAAUCUGUCUCUGCUGUUUGAUCUGGAAUUGUAGAUUUGUUUCAGUAGUUUUGUCUCUGAUAAACUUCCAUAGAAGCUCUGACAGUAACAGCUGCAUAUUUGAAGCCAAAAACUGUCGAGAGCUUUGAAGAAUUUUGCUGAAAGAGCAGCAGGAAACUUAAUCUGGAACUCGCUUUGUGCAAACAAAUCCGUCCCUUUGUGCUCUUAUUAUUACAUCUCAAUUAUUUCUCUUCUUUAUAUAGUAGUUUUUUUUUUCAUUGAUUAACUUCCUGUUGCUCCCGCUGAAGCCUGUUAGCCGAAACUUACUAGCAAACACCUGCAGAAAAUUUAGAGCAGAUUUCCAAAAUUAUAUUUACUUUGUGUUGAUAAAUCGAUGCGUACUCCUAGAUUUCUAACUUUUUUUUUUGCUCCUGCAGUUUUGUCAUCUUUAGGCUUCCAUAGUUGACCCUAACAAAUGUGCAAAACAAACUGAACGACACAAAAUCCAGAUUUUUACAUCUCACACUCCCUUCUGUUCUUAUUCAAUCUUUAUUUUUAGUAUCUAAAACAUAUUUUGUGCUGAUGAUUCUGUCCCCGUGUGCUCUCGGAUUUCAAAUCCUGACUUUAGAGACUUAUUGAAGUUGUUUUUUUUUUUUUCAGUUUUGUCACUAAUAAGCUUCUGUACACGUCCAGCGAUGAACCACAGUGAGCUGCUCUGUCUGUGAGGCACAUGGACGAAUCAAACAUGUGACUUUUAGGUUUGAUGAGGUACGAGGUGAAGCCUUAUUACCACUAACACACACACACACACACUUACACACACUUACACACACACACACACGUUUCGAACCACCGUUUCAUGACAUUCAGUGAUGUUUCAAUGUGCAGUCCGUUAAGCUUGUAUCCGUGUCCGAGGAGGUUGUUUUUCGCUCAGUCGAGCGGCAAAAAAAAAAAAACGACUUUUAUCGACUUGACUCUUGCAGACGAGGGCAGUAUUUCCAAGCUGUGUGUUUUGUGUGUUUGUCUUUAAAGAGUGAUGAAGAGGAGGAGGAGGAGGAGGAGGAAGGUUCAGCCGUGCACCGUAAAAGCUUGAGAAAGACGUUAAAGAGAGAAAGAGAGAGAGAGAGAGAGAAAAAAAACAUUGCUAGAGUAAAACCAGUGCAAUAUCUUUUCAUUUUUUAUUGUGGUAAAAGCAUGUUGUUGUCAAUCUUACCUUACAACAAUAAUAAAGUUUUUUUUUUAUGUA